UUUGGCUCAUAGCGCAAGCGCUCGCUCGCGGUUUGUCGGGGGGCGGACCCAGUGCAGACUCAUCAUGACCCGCUGGUGGUGGCUGUUGCUGACGCCAGCCCUGGCGGAACCUGAGGGCAUACCAUCAUGCGCCGUGACGGGCAAGAGCUACAGCCACCCGACCGUGACUGUCCUGAACGGCGGACGGCCGAUGGAGGCAUCGGAUUGCCAGAGAGAAUGCGAGCUGACAGCCAUGUGCUCCUUCUUCACCUUCUACACAGAUAGCAGGGGCUGCUGGCUGCUGCCCAGCGGCGCCAAGUUGGAGCCGCGGCACGAGGUGGCCUCGGAGGCCUACGCCGUGAGCGGGCCGAAGAUUUGCCCACCCACGACUACCACGACUACCACGACUACCACAACCGAGACGACCACGAUGGAGACAACAACUGCAGAACUAGAUACCGACGAGAAGGGCGUCAUGACUGUGGCGCCGGGUAUCGAGAUUGGUCCCACGGGGCCGCGACCUGCGCCGGGGAUCCUGGGGUCCAUGAACGAGACGCUCAUGCACAUCGCCGGGAGCUUCUUCGAUCCCAACUCCACGGAGACGGUGGAGGUGCCCUACACAGAGAUGUCCUUCCCCGCGAAGAUCUACGGCAUCGACUGGUACUGGUGGCUCACCGGCGUCGCGGUCAUCGCUGUGGUAGGCCUCUGUGUGAUGUGCAGCCUUUGCUGCCCCAGCAAGCCCCGCAGGAAGCGCGCCAUCCAGGCCGAGGUGAUGAGGGCAUCGGCAUCUGCUCCUCCGCAAGAGGAGCAGCCGUUGAUGAAGGAUGCUGGGCUGUUCCGGCCCCGGCUGGAGGUGCCGCAGCUGCCCAUGCCACAGCUGGUGGCGCCGCAGCUGGUCUCGGUGCCGGCCUCCCAGGCCAACGCCCGUUCCUUCGAGCUGCACGCAUACAGCCCACAAGGCUCGCCGUGCCACGGAUCCCGGCCCGGCUGGCCGUAGGGAUCCAUGUGGAUCGUAAGGCCUGGUGCAGCUCCGAUGUUUUAGCAGCACGCGCAUCUCGGCAAUGAGCGGUUCUCACUGCCCGGCGGCAUUCCUCCGUGGGUUCCCUUUUGGCCCCUCGGAAUCCCAUUUUUGGCUUCGGCCCC